CCUCACUUCACUUUUUGUAAACUCUUGUUUUUCAGGCCACGCUUGAGAACCAGUACCAAGGGUCAUUCAGUUCUCUUUCCCUGGUUCAGUGUUAGAUACUUGGAUAUGAAUGUCUUCUGUCCAGAAUAUUCUCAGGUUCUUGGAAGUUGCUGUGCAGACCUGAGGUCACACCCAGAAAUAUUGCCUGUUUUGGUAACCCCUGACACUGCACUCAGGAAGCACUCCUGGUAGGGCUUGCAGGAUUAUAUGGGGUGACAGUUUAGGUCAAGGAAUCCCUGGAAUUUGUGAACAUACUCUUCAAGAAUUAAAAGAAAAUGGAACAACCAUAUAUUAUAUCUGACGAAGAGGAACCAGAACCACAGAAGAGUGUAAAAACUACUUUUAAAAAAGUGGGAGAUGAGGGUGCUGAAUUGAUCUUUGUUGGGGUGGAACAUGCAAAUGAAGAUGCUGAGCUGAUCUUUGUUGGAAUGACUUCAAAUUCAAAACCAGUUGUUUCAAAAAUUUUAAAUAGAGUCACCCCAGGUUCAUCCUUAGGGAGAAAAAAAUAUGGUCACCCUAGAAGAAGAGAUACGGCCCUAAAAUUGAAACCUGUAAGUCAUGUCAAUUCAGCAUCAGAUGUAGAAGCUAUUUCACCCCAUUCUGUAUCUGAAUUAAGAUCAGCAGAUAGUCCUCUUAUAGAGCCUUUGCCAAAGCCUAAUUCUCAAAGUAAUUUACAGCAAGUUGUGCCUAAUAGUUCUUCAGAGUUACAUUUGCCUCUGACUACAUUUUCAAGUUCAUUGCAGCAUCCAGGAGCAGCACUUUCUGUAGGAGGUAUGAAUGAAAGUCCUCUUGUAUCAAAGAGAAUUUCCAUCUCUGAAGCAAACUGUGAAAAUCCCAAAAGACCUAAACUCAGUGAUGGAAUUGUAGGGGCACAUUCUUCAGUUCUGUCCCCUUCAGGAAUCGUCAGGUCCCCUUCAGCUGCUCAACAAAGCAUACUCUCAAAUGUUGAUACCUCACUAAACCUAGUUCAGAAUGGAGCUCCCCUUUUAAUAGCUUUGCCAAAGGACAAUAUCUAUUUUAAGCCCAUAAGUGCUGUUAGGGAAAAUAGACCAGCAAAAGCAGAUGUUCUGAGUCUAGUAAGUGAAAAUAAAACUGUUGAUCCCAGCAAAGAAAAACUCGUGUUACUUCAUGACUAUUAUUACGGACAGCAUAAAGGAAACGAACAGCCAGAACCGAAGACAUAUACAGUCUUUAAAUGCCUUAGGUGCUUGAAAGUGCUAAGAAAUAUUAAGUUUAUGAAUCACAUGAAGCACCACUUAGAAAUUGAGAAGCAGGGGGGUGACAGCUGGGAAAACAAUACCACGUGUGAACACUGCCACCGGCAGUUUCCCACUGCCUUCCAGUUGCAAUGCCACAUUGAAAGUGUGCACUCUUCCCAUGAGCCCUCUGCUGUAUGUAAGAUUUGUGAAUUGUCAUUCAAGUCAGAUCAGAUUCUCCUAGAACACAUGAAGGACAAUCAUAAACCUGGUGAAAUGCCUUAUGUGUGCCAGGUUUGCAAGUAUAGAUCAUCAGCCUUUGCUGAAGUGGAAACACAUUUCAGAACAUGCCAUGCAUAUACUAAGAAUUUGCUCUGUCCAUAUUGUCUCAAGAUUUUCAAAACUGGAACACGAUAUAUGUCUCAUUUUAGAGGACACUGGGAAAAUAAUGUUCACCCAUGUUCCAAAUGCCGUCUGCAGUUUUUAACUUACAGGGAGAAAAUAGAACACAAAACUCAUUUCCAUCAAAUGUUUAAGAAGCCUAAACAACUAGAAGGAUUGCCCCCUGAAACAAAAAUUGUUAUUCAGGUCUCACUAGGAUCUCUUCAAGCAGCAUCAGAGGAAGAAGUAGCAUCCAUUACUGUGAGCACCUCUGAUUUUGAACCAUCACUCCCCAAUCCUAAAAGUAGAAUUUCAAAAAAGAAAUGAUUCUAGUUUAACCAAU